AUGGCCCCGUUCAUCGAUGGGGAUGCCAAAAAUGGCGGGCAAGUGGCUCCUGAGCCAGGACGCCUUUGUCAGAUCGUCACGCCGGUCGGAAACCUAGGAUACGGCUUUGUCGAAUCCCAGGUUGUUGCUGAGCUGGAGAAACUGGCGAGUGUGCCCACUCCCACUGCCAUCAUCCUCGAUGCGGGUUCAACAGACUCUGGCCCGUCGAGAUUGGCGCUCGGCAUCACGGCCGCGCCGAGAGGUCACUACGUGCGCGACUUGGGCAAACUGCUCAAGCUCGUCACCAAGUACAAAGUCCCGUUGAUGUUCUCUUCCGCGGGGGGUGACGGCAGCGACGAGCAUGUCGACCUCAUGGUGGAUAUCAUUCGAGAACUGGCAGAACUCCCUGAAAACAAGUCGUAUAAACUCAAGGUCGUAUCCGUGUACGCGACCGUCGCCAAUGAUCGGGUAUCAAAGAGGCUCCAGGCAGGCGACGUUGUCGGCUGUGGACCAUGUGUCCCGGCGCUGAAGCAGGAGGACAUCGACGCGACCCCGCGGAUCGUCGCUCAAAUGGGGCCUGAACCCAUCCUCCAGGCCAUGGUCGCGAACCCUGAUUUCGACGUCAUGGUCGUGGGCCGGGCGUACGAUCCUGCUCCAUAUAUCGCGUUCGCGGCGUAUCAUGCUCUGAAGAAGGCUUCCAAAGAUUUGAAAUCGCUGUCGAAGGAAACGCUCGGCUCCUUUGUGCAUAUGGGCAAGCUCCUGGAAUGCGGAGGUUCCUGUGCCCGGCCCAAGAGCCAGGCUGCCUCGGCGUAUCUUUACGACGACAACUCUUACGAUAUCAUGCCCCUGGAUCCCCUGGCUGCUUGCGUGCCUCUCAGUGUCGCUGCCCAUACGCUGUACGAGAAGACCAGACCGGACAUCCUCCACGGACCGGGCGGGUACAUGGACCUGACCAAGACAUCGUACGAGCAGCUCGCCGACGGAAGGACGAUCCGCGUGCGAGGCGCCACGUUUGAGGCCUACUACGCCCAGGGCGAACGAUACACGGUGAAGCUCGAAGCCGCGAGGCUGCGUGGUUAUCGCACGAUCUUCAUCGGUUCCUUCAUCGACCCCAUCCUCGUCAGCCAGCUGGACAAUGUCAUCGCGCGGAUCAAGGAAUACGUGGCAUUCCAGCACAAGCACAUCACCGAGAAGUGGGACUUCGACUUCCACGUCUACGGCCGUGACGAGAACUGGACCCCCUCAGCUGCUGGCACCGGCGGACGUCCCUACGCGGGCAGCAAGGGCAUCUUCAUCGUCGGCGAGGCCGUGGCCGAGUCCCAGCACGUGGCCACCAGCAUCUGCGCGUCGGCGCGCAUCGGAUGCGUCCACGCGCCGUACCAGGGCCAGAAAGCCACGUCCGGAAACUUCGGGUUCGGCCUCGGCGGCAAGAACGAGCUGGAGACGGGACCCUGCACCGAGUUCUGCGUCUACCACCUGAUGUCGCUGGCCGAGGGCGAAGAGGGCGCUGUGGCCGCUGAAACCCACGAAGCAGGCAUUGCUAACACGGUCGACGGCAAGCCGCUGUUCCACUGGACCACGGUGACCGUAGGCAAAGGCGAGGCGGAGGACCCGGCGACAGUGCCUGCGGUGGCGUCCACGAACGGCAGCAGCAGUGCGGCGACAGGCAGUUCCAAACGCGACAACGCACCACCUUUGUACGAGGUUGCGCCGCUCCCUGAACAUCCUCGUUUUCUAGCAGACGUGGCGCCCGUGGUGCGGUCCAAGAACUCGGGCCCCUACGAGAUCACGGUCGACAUUCUGUUCUCGACGCCAGACGUGUACGAGCUGAUCAAGGCGUCGGGCAUCCUCACGACGGAGGUGGUCGCCAAGCUGUACGGCUUGAAGGUCGAGGAGAUGGUGUGGUGCGGUUUCUUUGAUCAGGCUUUGGCGUUCAAGGCCACGUUUCCGAGGAAGCGCGAUGGCCGGAUGUGCGCGUCGGGUGGAUUUCUUGAGAACGAUAUGCACGGGUCGCAGCAGUAUAUGAAUCUCAUGGAGUUGCCUUUGGGCGAGGAGCUGGAGGGGAAGUUGGCCAAGGUGUUGAAGACGUCUGGUUGA